CCAGUCAAUGUCACAUGACUCAAAUCGGUCGUUGGCUCGAUGCCAUGGCAUCUUUUGGUGACCACAAACACAGAAUAAAUACGUGGCUGGGCCACUGGCACUGAGCAUUUCUGCUUGACUCUAUAUAUAAUCUCCGCCACCAGCUGCUCAUGCAUUUCAUCCAUAACGCUUCGCUACUAGGUUACUUAUUUGAAGAAAUCAUCUAGUUUUGUAUAAACCCUUUUGUAUUAGCCAUGUUGGAAGGCAAAGCAGUCAUCGGCGAGACCGAUAUGCUCGAGGCCUUGCAGCAAGAUGCACUUGAUUUGGCUGCAAAAGCCCUUGAUAUCUUUGAUGUCACUGAGGCCACUGAGAUUGCCCGUUUCAUUAAAAAGGAAUUCGAUCGGACUUACGGAGCUGGGUGGCAAUGCAUUGUGGGAACUGAUUUUGGCUCAUUUGUGACACACUGUUUUGGGUGCUUCAUCUAUUUUCGCAUCAGCAGCCUUGCGAUUUUGCUCUUCCGGGGUUCGGCGGCUUGUCAAGAGCCUGAUGAACCUGCGGCAGACCAGUUUGCCAAUUUCGAGACUGUGAAAGCAUAAUUUUCUUAGUUAUACUUCCGUUUUCUGAAAUAUCGAUCUAUUGUAUUAUGUCUUUAUUAGUUGUGUAUAGACUAGAAGAUCACCAAAAGAAAGAUAUAGAAGGGUCCAAAUUCAAUCUUGUAUCCUGGUUUUCACUUUCUGUAUCCUUUUUCAGUAUUGGCCUGUGGGGAAAUUGUAUUGUUUAGCACACAGCUGAUGGCAUUAGAAAGUGGACAAUUUUCAGACUUUCAGGAGUCGAUUAAGAGAAAUUGUCGUGUAGAUUUGGUGAUUUCUUAAAUGUAUGUGUAAGAAUUCUAGGAAAAAGUAAAGAUCCCUGACAAUAUAUUUUGAUUA